CUCACUAAUCGCCGCUUGAGUUCGCGCAUUAGUAUCGCAGGCAUAGGUCUCGAGCUUAGGGUUAGUGUUGAUCAUUAGUUGUGAGAGACCGGUAGCGGUAGUAUUUGGCGAGACAUUGAAAGCAUUGGCAUUGCGUUAACUAUACCUCUGUAUUGAGACGUUUGGUGUAAUAAUUGUAUGAUUUGUACGCUUUUGUCACUCAUCUCUUGGAUCUACUCAACGAUGGCAGCGAACAAAGAGCGAAGUUUCAUCAUGAUCAAACCCGAUGGUGUCCAGAGGGGUAUCGUCGGCGAUGUCAUCAAACGCUUCGAGCAGAAGGGCUUCAAACUCGUGGCCAUCAAGUUCUUGAACGCGGACGAAGAGCUGUUGCGGAAGCAUUACGCGGAUCUGUCUGCGCGUCCAUUCUUCCCCUCAUUGAUCCAAUACAUGCAAUUGGGUCCAGUCGUGCCUAUGGUUUGGGAGGGACUGAAUGUGGUGAAGACCGGACGCGUUAUGCUCGGAGAGACCAAUCCGGCCGACUCUAAGCCCGGAACCAUUAGAGGAGACUUCUGUAUCCAGACUGGAAGAAAUAUAAUCCAUGGAAGCGAUUCAGUGGACAGCGCUAACAAAGAGAUCGCCCUUUGGUUUGACUCCAAAGAUCUGGUCGAGUGGUCCCCCAAUCAGGAGUCCUGGGUUUACGAGAAC